AUGAGUGCUAGUGCAAAGAUGAAAAAACCAUGUGCUACGUGUAAAAAGAGUGGUGGUAUAUUAAGUUGUGAAGGAUGUCAACAAGCAUUUUGUGGUAAACACGUUAUUGAACAUCGACAAUAUUUAGCUGGAAAAUUAGAUGGUAUUAUGCAAGAACAUGAUUUACUUCAACAUGAUAUUGAACAAAUAUCAGUUGAUCAUUCAUUAUUACAAAAAAUUGAUCAAUGGGAAAAAGAAUCUUUAGCAAAAAUUCAUCUUGCUGCUAAAAUUGCACGAGAAAAUAUUCAAAAAUUUCUCGAUCAAUCAAAAGAAAAUCUUUCCAAAACAUGUCGUGAUUUAGCUGUUAAUCUUUGUUCAUCUCGUGAAGCUGAUGAUUAUUCAGAAAAUGAUUUUAUUCAUUGGAUAGAACAGUUAAAAGAACUUAAACAAGAAAUUACAUCAUCAUCUUCAAUUAAAAUUAUUCAAGACAAAAAAUCUGUUAUUCAUUUAGUUAAAGUUGAAAAUAGUAAUGUUAACACUAAUAAAUCUACCAACAGUAACCAAAUGUCUUUAUUAACAAGUGAAAUAAAUUUAAAGAUUCAAGAAAAAUAUUCAGAUGUACUUGGACCAAUUACACUCGAAAAUGGAGGUUUUCUUGCCAAACAUACUGGUUUUAUUUAUCAAUAUGCAUAUACUCGUGGUAAUUUACUUUAUUCUCAUGGUCACCAUACAGUACGAUUUCAACUUGAAAAGUGCAAACAACCUUAUCAAAUUUUUUUUGGUUGUAUGUCAUCUAAAGUAGUUUUAGGAGAAGGUGCCUUUAAAUAUCCUUGUAGCGUAGGAUGGUUUGGUUUUGAUCAAGUUUAUGAACACGGACGUUGUACUAACAAUUGUAAAAAGUAUGGUUAUAAGAGUUCGUUAAUACGGGCAAAUGAUGUUUUACAACUUAUAUUUGAUUGUGAUAAACAACAAAUUAAAUUAUUCAAUGAACGUAUUAAAAAAACAACUAUAUUAACAGUGAAUAUUAACAAGACACCAUAUCCUUGGCAAUUUUUAAUGGUUAUGUUUCAUAAAGAUGAUUGUGUGAAAAUUCUAAGUGAUGCAUAA